CAACAGGGAAGCCUUGGCUAGGAGUAAUCUGAGUAAGCAGAAACGUGCAUAGCUCCUUGUUUGCUUGGUGUUGGCGUGUGGUUAAGUAGCCUGUAGUACACCGAACAAAGUACCUCCAUCUAGUAAACAGUUGGCGUUGCUACGCAGUUGCUAAGGAAUACAUACGUAAACAAGUUCUAGUGAAUUACGUCCACCCUGGUGAAAUUUGGACAACAAACAUGUCUUAUUUCUAUGAAGAGAUCCCCGACCUUCCACUACCAGAGUUGAAGAACGAGUGCCCCUGGCUGGCGGAUCGUAUUCAUCGUCUUCGAUCACAGUGUUUUCAUUACUGGGAUCAUUGGACGACAAAGUUCAGCGAAAAAUGGAAGCGAAGCACGACGGAGGAACAACAAUUGAUACGUGUCCUGCGAGAGAAUGUCGUUGAGGAGAAGGAAACCGUUCUUCCUGGGUUCGCUUAUGUUGCUAUUAGUUGGAUGACCGGCACCGUACUAGUUCGGCGUCGUUCUCUGCCCGUUCGAUGGACGGUUCCUCCAGCAUUGGGCUUGAUCGCCUUCUCUUACUGUUUCCCGAAGACAUAUCAGAAAGCUAGCAACUAUGUGUUGCAGAAAAGUCCCACUGGUCGACGGGCUAAAGAAUUCGUCUCAGAGAAGGAGACACAGAUGUCUGAGACCAUAAAGGAGUAUGCUGACCGUACAAAGACCACGGUUCAGAAUGUGUUUGAUCGGAAAAAACCUUCUUCUUGAGGCUACUGGGCCGGAGGACAAAGUAUGGUCUGCAGGGAAAAUUGAAACUCAAGCAGCACGAACGAUUUUGACGCCCUCCUUUUUGUUAAAAGAAUUCCUUAUGUUUAAUGAUUAUAUGACGACAAGUUAAAUGGUUAGAACGAAUGAAGACUGGCGCACACAAAAGGACCCAUAUCGUAAUUCUUCUGUGCCGUAUAAUGAACUCCAACGCAAAACAUUAUAUUGCAUAACACAGUGCG